CCAGCGAGCAUCGGGCCUUCAUGAUCAAUAACUUUGAUGAGUAAGCAUUGAAAUCCGCCACUUGAAGCGUCGCGCCGGCGAGCGUCGGGCCUUCGGCCGCGCUGCUUGCCGCGGAGCUGUUGACGGCGCGCUCGAGCUCGAGGCCGCCGCUCCACUUCUGCAGCGUGCCUGAGUAUCUCACGAGCAAGGAUGAGCAAUGAGCCGUUCCUGCUUGGGCCGCCACUUCUGCAGCGUGCCCGUGGUCGACGCCAUCGGCACCCACGAAGCUGUGGCGUACCUGGUAGCCAAAUCUCGGAUGAUCUCCGGUAAGUGGGUGAGCGCACAGCAAGCUUGGGGCGGGGAGACGGGAUCGUGCAGCGCAUUCAAGACACAACGUGUACGUCUACCCCCGCAGGUGUGUUGCAUCUGGUGAGGCGUGCAGGUUGUCGAGGACAGCCACGAGGACAGACGGGAGGGAGAGGGCCGCGAUGCACGCCUAGAUCUCGGUUCAUCUCGGGUGAUCUCGCGUGAUCUGGGUGU